GAUCAUGAUGAUGGAAUCAAUAUGCAAAUUACGCCUUUCGUGACGUCAUCUGGCGACUUCUAGCGAGUUUUUCAGCAUGCAUUUAGCUACUUUCCCUUGAAACCACUUGGCAACACUGUAGCAGUGGUUCUCCAGAGCUCCAGUCCCUCUGGUGGUGUUGCUAUGAACUGCAUGACUGGUGCAGCGCGUCACUCAUUCGGGAGGAGAACCUGUUCACAGGGUUACGCACAGCCAGUGUGGAGCGCGCGCUGAACGCGAGCCACUAACACCAGUGACAAACCUGACGGCGCGUCCGGCGCAGAACAGCACUCUACCUCACAUGACUCAGCAGGUGAACGAGGACCUGAGAGAAGAUUCCGAGAUGUAUUUCAGCCCGGUGAAUCGCUGAAAGGGACGCUUGAGUGAAAGGAGGAGAAAUGGAUGGAUGGAAGGAUGGAAGGAUGGAUGGAUGCGCGUUUCUCUCUCAGCUAUGGAAAAGGAAAGUGUGCUGCGCUUUAAAAUGAGCCUCGCUGCCAGCGGAACACACGUGUAAACUUUUCUUUAUGGAGUUUCAAAAUGACCUUGUCUAAUCUGAACCAGAGUCAUGACGCGCUCAACCUGUCUUUUUCCGAGCUUUCCAACAGCAGCGGAAACGCGACGUGCGCCGGCACCGUGCUGGACGCGCAGGUCGUGGCGGUGGGAAUCUUCCUGGCUGUCUUCAUCCUGGCUGCGAUCGUCGGGAACAUUCUGGUCAUCCUGUCUGUUCUGUGCAACAGACACUUGCAGACGGUGACCAACUUCUUUAUAGUCAAUUUAGCCAUCGCGGAUUUGCUCCUGAGCGUCGUGGUGUUGCCCUUCUCCGCGUCUCUGGAGGUGUUUGGAUGUUGGCUGUUUGGACGCGUGUUUUGCAACAUCUGGGCUGCUGUGGACGUGUUGUGCUGCACCGCGUCCAUUCUCAGCCUGUGCAUCAUCUCCAUAGAUAGAUACAUAGGAGUCAAAUACUGCCUCAAAUACCCCACGAUCAUGACCGAACGCAAAGCCGGGGUCAUCCUGGUGCUUGUCUGGGUCUCCUCGGUGGUCAUCUCGGUGGGGCCGCUUUUAGGCUGGAAGGAACCUCCGCCGUCGGAUGAGAGCAUCUGCAGCAUCACUGAGGAACCCGGUUACGCGCUGUUCUCCUCGCUGUUCUCCUUCUACCUCCCGCUCAUGGUCAUCCUUGUCAUGUACUUUCGGGUGUACGUCGUGGCCCGGAGGACCACCAAGAGCCUGGAAGCAGGAGUGAAGCGAGAAAGGAACAAAUCCAUGGAGGUGGUGCUGCGGAUCCACUGCCGGAGCUCACCGGAGGACGCCGGCGCGGGGUCGAAAAGCAAGACCCAUCCGCUGCGCAGCUCGCUCUCCGUGCGCCUCAUGAAGUUCUCCAGGGAGAAAAAAGCAGCCAAAACUCUGGCCAUCGUCGUCGGGAUGUUCAUUGUGUGCUGGCUGCCCUUUUUCUUCGUCUUGCCUCUAGGAUCUUUCUUCCCUGCUCUGAAACCUUCAGACAUGGUGUUUAAAGUCAUCUUCUGGCUGGGUUACUUCAAUAGCUGCAUCAACCCGGUCAUCUACCCCUGCUCUAGUAAAGAAUUCCAGCGCGCCUUCACUCGCCUGCUUCGCUGCCAGUGCCAUCAUCGACGACGCAGCUUACGCCGCUUCUACGACCAGCGCUGGCGUACAGCCCUCAGGGGCCCGGCCAGAGACUCGCGGGGUGUCUAUCAGCCCGGUUUCUCCUUCCAUGAUUCCCGCAGCAGCUCGAUUUUCUCAUGUCAGAGCAAAGGCCGCUCCCUGAACCUGAAAAGCUGGAGCCUCUUCCCUCCCUUGCAGAAAUCUUCCUUCCAUCUAAAGGAGAAGAUGAACAACUUGUCUAACAAGAUCAAGAGCGGUGCAGGGAAGAGUUCAAUGCCCUCGUUGGACAGGACUGAGAUCGAUACGGUGGCCAUGGGGAUCUACAGCGAGUGCAGCGAGCCAAGCGGGUAUCAGAUAUACGAUCUGACGGAAUGUUAUGGCUUGAAGGAGACAGAUAUCUAAACAGAGGCGUUCUCGUUUUGCUAACGUCUGGCAAAGAGUUGCUCAGAGACAGACACGAAACGGGCAACUUGACAAAAGCACACUCUUUUAAGAGAUAAACUUCAAGAUCAAGACGAGGAAAUGUUUUUGUUUUUUCUAAGACAAGGACAGACAUUUAUUUUCACAGGGGUAAUUUAAGCAUUUGAUUUUCAGAAGUGAACACAGAAGGUGCAAAUAUUUGUUAUUUUCCCUGUAAAGUAAAACUACUGCUUUACUCCAGACACAACAAGUGCCAUCACUUGGCAUACAAACAGACUGUGCCCUCUGUAAAUUCACGUGGCCUUUCAAUAUAAUCCUUUAAAGUCACCCAAAACUUUGUGAAUUAUACAAAACAAAGGUCAUCAGGAAAUACUGUUGCUAUUCUAGCUUUCUUGUUAUUACACCACAAAAAAAAAAAACGUUUAGGGGCACCUGUACUGUCACCCUCAUCCAGAAAUAAAGAAAUCAAGAUUAUAUCAAGAAUCCUGAUCAAGAACUCGAGAUUGUAUAAAUAUUUAAAAUACUCUGUCAUGCUGUUAGAGGGAAUUAAUCAAUGACGAGGUGAUGUGAUGUGAAGUGGAGUUACUGUUCAUCACAUCAACCUAAAAUAGUUUUUUUCCCUGUAACAGAACAUCAUGAAGUGUUUUAUUUCUCUGAUACAACAGCAAAUUUUCCAACGAUUUCCAACAAUCUUUUGUUAACUAAAGAGUGAUAUUUUAUCUGUUUAUUGUUACAUUUAAUGUUGUGUAACAUCCAUGAAACAAGUUAGUUCCUUUUCUCAGUUACGUUAUAGCAGCUAUAAACAGUCGUUCCCUCACCAGCCUCUCUUUUUUUAUCUCUCCUGAAGUUAAUAAGUCAAAAAUAACACAGCUUGUCAAGAAAGUUAGAGAGACGUAACUCCUCUUUCCUGAAGAGUGUCAGAAAAAAACCUUUGAAGUUACAGCUUUACCUCUGACUGUUACAAAGCACUGACACUGGAGACUCCUUCCAUAAAUGUUUCCAUAAUUGCUUCCAACCAAUGGCUGUAAGUCACAGUGGAACUUAGGAUGCCUAUUUUUUCUCUACUGUGAAAUUGUGUCUUUCUUUUGUUUAGUUCCUGCUUGAGAUGGAGGAGAAAUUGGUCAAAAUUGUUAUGGUUCAUUGCUUCCAAUAUGUCAGGACAUAAAAUUAGGCAGAGAUGCUUGGAGAAACAUCUUUGAUGCUGUAGGGAUCUUGGGUUAGUGUGAUCAGCCAAUUAGAAGCUUUGGACAUACUCUGGUGUAAAUUUUAUGAAACUACUUGUUGAUGCGGAUGCAGAGUUAGAAUUAAUUGCGAUAAAAUCUUUCGGUUUAGGUACAGUAUGUUUCAGUCUUUAAUAAGAUGUUUUGACCUUGUAGGGAUUAAAAUUGGUUUAUUCCGUGUUGCUAAAUAAACGCACAUAUACAUCCAUCCAUGCAGAAAGAAAGGUCAUGCAUGUGAAUGGGCUUUAACCACUAAAACCAUGUCUGUUAGCAGCCAAAAUUAACGUCUAAGAUUUUCAGCUCCCUCCACAGGUUACCAAAAACCACUGCAGUGACAUGUUUACAUUUUUAGCAGAAAAUUAAACGUUAACACAUUUUAUAAAGUUUAGGGUGACUUGUAAAGGAGGUCACAAUCAGAACACCACUAAGGAGCUCAUUCUUAACAUCGGAGCUCAGCUAUCCUCUGAAGCAAAAGACCUAAGUACAGGGAGCUACCUAUAACUGUGAGACAGCCGAGGAACUGGGAAACCCGUGGUACUGCUUGCUAUUUAUAUACUGACGUGCCAAGACGUACUGUGGCGUUUACAUAUGUAGAGUGCUUAUGGUUUAACCGAAACAGAUUGUUAUUUAAAUGGAAUGCAACACACUACUUCUAUACACAGAUUUUGACUAUAUGUUGAUAUGAUUUGAAUUCAAAGUUGUCCUUGAAUCCAUGCAACGACCACAUAACAAGAACUUUUCAUUUUAAUUCUUGAAACAUGCUCUGAAUUCAUUUGUAUUUGCAGAUGUGAUGUCCAUCCAUGUCUGAUGUAACACAAAAAAUAAAUCGUAAAAAAAAAAUACACAAAA